CGGCCCCCCCUUGCCGACGGCGACCUCCUCUUCAAUGUCAACAGCGACAUCAGGUUCAACCCCCGGGCGGCCGAGCAGCCCGAGUGGCAAAACGAAGAUAAUGAAGAAUUUUUGCCAACUGGAGAAACCUCCAUAGACUCCUACCCAAACUGGUUAAAAUUCCACAUUGGCAUUAAUCGGUACGAGUUGUAUUCCAGACAUAAUCCUGCAAUUGAGGCUUUACUACAAGACCUGGUCUCCCAAAAGAUAACCAGUGUUGCGAUGAAAUCAGGAGGCACCCAGCUGAAGCUGAUCAUGACGUUCCAGAACUAUGGACAAGCAUUGUUCAAACCAAUGAAACAAACCAGAGAACAAGAAACCCCACCUGACUUUUUUUAUUUCUCAGACUAUGAAAGACAUAAUGCAGAAAUAGCAGCAUUUCAUUUGGACAGGAUCCUGGAUUUCCGUCGCGUGCCACCAGUUGCAGGUAGACUGGUUAACAUGACAAGAGAAAUACGAGAUGUUACUCGUGACAAGAAACUGUGGAGAACGUUUUUCAUCUCACCAGCCAACAACAUCUGCUUCUAUGGGGAAUGCUCCUACUACUGCUCAACUGAGCACGCCCUGUGUGGAAAACCAGAUCAGAUCGAAGGGUCUCUGGCUGCUUUCCUACCUGAUUUGUCUUUAGCUAAAAGGAAAACCUGGAGAAACCCUUGGAGACGUUCCUACCACAAGCGCAAGAAAGCAGAAUGGGAAGUUGAUCCAGAUUAUUGUGAAGAGGUUAAACAAACACCCCCGUAUGACAGUGGGACCAGAAUUCUGGAUAUAAUGGAUAUGACAGUUUUUGAUUUCCUAAUGGGUAACAUGGAUCGACAUCACUACGAAACCUUUGAAAAGUUUGGAAACGAAACAUUCAUUAUCCACUUAGAUAAUGGAAGAGGGUUUGGAAAAUAUUCCCAUGACGAACUUUCCAUAUUGGUGCCUUUAAACCAGUGCUGCAGAAUAAGGAAGUCUACCUAUCUGCGAUUACAGUUGUUAGCCAAGGAGGAAUACAAACUCAGUCUCUUGAUGAAGGAAUCUUUACUAAAGGAUAAAAUAGCUCCCAUUCUCUACCAGCCUCACUUGGAGGCGAUGGACAGGCGGCUGCGGAUUGUCCUCAAGGCUGUUAGUGACUGUGUAGAAAAGGAUGGUUAUGACAAUGUGGUUGAAAAUGACUUUAACACUGAUGUUAACACUGUUACGACCGAGAGGUAGUGAAAUCACAAGACUACGUUUUUACCAGCCAAGUAAAGAAGAUUCAAAGA